AAAACUGGACAACUGUUUACUUUGUUUGUUUACUAAAGAAGUUGUAAAUCUUUAGAUAAUUUAUUACGUAUCCAAGCUUUCAUAAGCAAGAUGAACUUUCAAGAAACAUUCAACGUAAAACGCUGUAGGCCUAAACUUCAUCUGAGCUGUAAUCUUUUGUUAUCAGGGUGGGCAAUAGACGAGCAAUAAUGUGCUAUAUUCGUAUUCGUAGAUAAUUUAUUUCUAUCCUGAGAAGAAGCUAACAUAUUUAAUAUACCGUUUGCUUCAGAUUUAUUAAAAAUUAAUUCUCCAGAAUAAACAAAGAGCUCUGUUUGUGCUUUGUGUAUUUGUCAAUUGAAUAUGGAAUAUGAGAUUAAUUGAAUACAUUCUUUGGGCCAGUGUUGCAAUUUCUUGUAACUGUAGCAAGACAUCUAAUGAAAUGUGUUGAUGUAUCUAUGAUUCAAAAUCUAGCCAUAUCUGCAACUUCUAACAUGUCUUUACCAAACCAAGAUUUAAGAAGUGAUGGAAGUAUUCUUACGGAAAUGAAGUCUCUUGUAUGCAAUAUGUGUCAGAAGUGUCUUGAUAUUCAGCCGACUCAAAAACCAUAUAUGUGUGAUACAUGUAGCAUGUCAACCGAAAGCAAAAAUGAUGUACCUUUUUGUGCUGAAAAGAAGCCUUAUACUUGUGACAUAUGCCAGAAGACUUGUAGUGCAAAGCAAUAUUUAAAUAUACAUAUGCGUACCCACACAGAUAUCAAACCAUACACUUGUAGCUUAUGUUUCAAGACAUAUCGUGAUAAACUUCAUUUCAUGUCACAUACACGUAAGCAUGCAGAUAAGAAACCUUCUGUUUGUGAAACAUGCAACAAAUCAUUUUCACUGAAGAGUAAUUUAGUGAAGCACAUUCGCAUACAUACAGAUGAAAGACCUCAUAAAUGUAGUACAUGUGACAAGUCAUUUAGAAGCAAGAGUGAUUUAAAAAUGCAUAUACGAGUUCAUACCGGUGAGAAACCAUUUAUGUGUGAAAUAUGUUGCAAAGCAUUUGUGAAGCACAGAGAUUUAGUUCAUCACCGUCUGACUCACACAGGGGAGAAAUCUCAUGCGUGUGAUAUAUGUGGCAAGGCUUUUGCAUUAAAAAGUAAUUUAAAGAAACAUAUACUUGUUCACACAGGUGAAAAACCUCAUGCAUGUGAUGUAUGUCAUCGAUCAUUUGCAGGCAAGAGUGACUUAAACAGACACAUACUUACACACACAGGGGAGAAACCACAUGCAUGUGAGGUAUGCGGAAGGGCAUUUGCUGGGAAAAGUGAUUUAAUGAUGCACCUUCGCACGCACACAGGGGAGAAAUCUUAUGUGUGCGAGGUAUGUAAUAAAGCAUUUGCUCUCAAAUCUAAUUUGAGGCAGCACAUUCGUUUGCACACAGGGGAGAAACCUCAUGUGUGUAAUAUGUGUAACAUGAGUUUUUCUGAGAAGAGGGAUUUGACUAGGCAUGUCGCAAUUCAUUCUGGUGUGAAAACCCAUGUGUGUGGUACAUGCAGCAAAGCAUUUUUACGGAAAUGGCAACUAAAAAAACACAUGGAAACUCAUGCAGAUAAGAUGUCACAAAUUACCUUACCUUUGGCUUCAAAUUAAACAAGUGUACUUAAACAGGAAUAAAGUUUAUUAACCUU